UAUGUUAAGGGCGAGCUGCGACCUCUCCGAGAUCGCCCCCACUGCGAUUCGAGGGAUUCGUCAGCGAAAAUCGCGCCGCGGGCCUGCGGCGCACUAAUUAAAUAAUCUCCUUGGUGAUCCGGUUGGGGAUUUACCUGUUCGAGCGCGGAUCUAAAAGAUUGGAUAGUUUACUUUUUGAUAACCUUUGAGUUAUUUUUGUCACUUGUUGCCUUUGCUUCAUGAUGAGCUCAACAGUAACAUCCCCUGGCAUUCAUCCUCCAAUGAGGAUUGCCUCAUUAGAGGCACCACAAUCCUGGCCACCAACAAUUCCAUUUAGUCAACCUGAACCAGAAAGUGAUGAUGGUAAUGAAAAUGAGCUGCUUUCAGUGUCAUGGAAUCAAGAUUAUGGGUGUUUUGCAGUUGGAACAAGCAAUGGAUUCCGGAUAUUCAAUUGCGACAGUUUCAAGGAAACUUUCAGGAGGGAUUUGAGAAGUGGGGGCUUUGGAAUUGUUGAAAUGUUAUUUCGUUCAAAUAUUCUGGCUCUGGUUGGUGGUGAGACAAAUAUUCAGUACCCGCCUAACAAAGUAAUAAUCUGGGAUGAUCAUCAGAGUCGUUGUAUUGCUGAAUUUUCAUUUAAAUUUAAUGUAAGAGGUGUGAAAUUGAGACAAGAUCGGAUUGUCAUAGUUCUUGAGAACAGGAUCUAUGUACACGAUUUCAAAGACUUGAAGCUUCUUCAUCAAAUGGAGACUAUAUCUAAUCCAAAGGGACUUUGCUGCCUCUCACAUCAUUCUAACACUUUUGUGAUGGCAUGCCCUGGUCUACGCCGUGGAGAAAUUCGGAUUGAACAUUUUGGUCUGAAUGUGACAAAACAAAUUAAUGCUCAUGAUUCUCGCAUAUCUUGCAUGUCUUUGACCUUGGACGGGCUUCUUCUUGCAACUGCAAGCUCAAAGGGUACACUUAUCAGAAUAUUCAAUACAAUGGAUGGUACUCGACUACAAGAGGUACGCAGAGGACUAGAUAAGGCUGACAUAUAUAGCAUUGCCCUCUCUCCAAAUGUGCAGUGGCUGGUAGUCUCCAGUGAUAAGGGAACUGUACAUGUGUUCAGCCUUCGAGUUAGAGUGGGUGGAGAAGAAGCCUCCACUCAGAUUGUACCUUUUCAAAGUCCAGCAAUUGUACAACAGAACUCUUCCACUCCGUUCGAUCCUCUAUCAUCUCCAACCGCUGCAGCCAACGCUAACUCAUCACUGUACUUUAUGAGAGGUGUGCUCCCAAAGUAUUUCAGUUCUGAAUGGUCAUUUGCUCAGUUUCACUUGCCAGAAGGCACUCGGUAUACUGCUGCAUUCGGACUUCAUAAUAGUAUUCUGAUUGUUGGCAUGGAUGGAAGUUUCUAUAAGUGUACCUUGGAUCCAGUGAAUGGUGGCCAGAUGUCCCAAAAGGAGUAUGUCAGGUUUCUGAAAUCUGAUUCCCAAAGGUGUGCCACCAGAUGAUCCUUCAAUUGCUGCUGCUUCCACUUGAAUCCUUUGAAAAGAGGUGACUGCUUUAAAUUUGUAUAUAGAAAUGCCACUGCUUUUUUUUUUCUUUUUCUAAUGUGUAAAUAAUUAUUAAAAAAAUAGAGUGUGUAAUUGAUGGAUUAUGUUGGUUUGUUUGUGCACAAUGCUUAUAAUAUAAUAAUAGUGUUUAUAAAAAAAGA